UAAGGUCCAUUCCCGCUGUCAUUCCUCUGUCGGGUAUAGAGGUUCAGUUAAAGCUUCGGGGGGUUUGGUUGGAGUCAGCCGAAGACUCGAAGUAAGUGGCCCCCGUCCUUACCUCAGGGACGCUCGUCCUUACCUCUGCCUCUGGAGCCCAUGUCUUAGCCUCCCGACAUUUUAUCUUGCGCUCAUCGAUUUUAGUCCUUCCUUUUUUUUUUUCUCGUCCCUUCACCUUUUCCCUCGCCUCAUCGUGUUUGCUCCUCCGACUCGAUCCGCAAUACCUUCAUCGUCAUGCCACUAUGCCAACCUCGCCCGCCCGUCGACUCACGCAUUUGUAAUAUCCCGCGGCAUCUAAAAUUUGGAUACCCGAUAGUGUAAAAGAUUCCGAAUCUUGAAUUCGAGAGACGAACCCAAUGGACGGAAAAGGAAGAGAAUCACCGGAGACUGUACUGCACGCGCUUGUAGGCGCGUCCUCUGGGCUUCUUCUUCUUGUCCUGCUUCGCCACUUUCGGCGCAACUGUCAUUGAUCCUUACCCGAGUGGAACAACGUUAACAGACACUGAGUGAUCAUAUAAUAAUCUGAUUUAACCGAAAAACCAAACGAUCAGAGCAAGAAAUGAUGGACCCAUGAUUCAUCAGUUCUUGCCCCGCUCAAAUUCCUGAGAAAAGGAAUCGCUAUGGAGAAUUUAGGGUUUAGUCCCAAACUGUGGAAAAGGUUUAUUUGUUUCUGGGGAUUGACAGUCGAAACGUGGUCGUUUUAUGUCUUUAGCAAAUCCCUUUAUCGCAAAUUUCCUCCGCUCAAGCUGUCUACUCGUUUUCCCUCCCGUGUUAAAACGCCUCACCAAUGGCGACGACGCCUGCACUUGGCUUCAGGCACGUGGUUCCCACUUGCUCAUGGCUUCAGAGGUUUCGCUGCUCCUCCUCCGUCACUCCUCUCCCCCAUUUUUCCUCCCCUGACUUUGCCGGAGAAAAUCAGAAGAGCGAGGAGAGCAACAACAAUGACGGCACAAAAAUCGCGGGGAGAACGGCGUCGUAUUUCCCGAAGCGAGGGCAGACGGUGGAGCUUGUCUGCGAGAGUUUGGCGUUCAAAGGGAAGGGAAUCUGCAAGGUGACGGGCACGGGUUUCGUCGUCAUGUGCGACCGAGCUCUUCCCGGCGAGCGAUUUCUCGGCCGCGUCACCCGCCGCAAGGGUAACUAUGCCGAGGUGACGAAAGUAAAGACGAUAUCUCCUCACUGGGACUUGGUGGAUGCGCCGUGUGAGUAUUCCUCAUACUGUGGAGGCUGUAAAACUCAGAAUCUCUCUUAUGAAGCUCAGCUUAGAGCUAAAGAACAACAGGUUCAUGAGCUCAUCACCCAUGUUGGAAGGUUUUCUGAUAAGGUUGUCUUGAAGCCAAUUGUUGCCUGCGACAUCCAAUUCCAUUACCGAAACAAGAUGGAAUUCUCAUUUGGUUCAAAGAGAUGGUUACCAAAAGAAUUGAUGCAAGAGAAACAAGAUGGCCCAGCUAAUUUCGCCUUGGGGCUCCAUGCUCCUGGACACUUUGAUAAGGUUCUAAAUAUCGGCAGGUGCUUGCUACAAAGCGAACCAGCUAACAUGGUUCUUGCUGCUGUUCAAGAUUUCUGGAGAGAUCCACAGCUAGGUCUUUCACCAUAUGAUGUUCAUUCACAUGCUGGAUUUCUUAAACAUUUGAUGCUGAGAACUGGAAGGGAUGUGAAGACUGGUUCACAAGAGCUUAUGGUCAAUUUUGUGACAUCGUCUUAUGAACCAGAGCUGCUGAAGCCCUUGAUAGAAAGAAUUUCAUCUAUUCCUCAAGUGGUGAGCGUCAUGAAUAAUGUAAAUUCUUCUGUUGGUAAUACAUCUGUUGGGGAAAAGGAAUAUACACUACACGGGAAAUCUACAAUCACUGAGAUCUUGAGAGGCCUUACUUUUCAAAUUUCAGCCAACUCGUUCUUUCAGACUAAUACACAUCAGGCUGAAGUUCUGUAUACGCUUAUUGAAGAAUGUGCUGGCCUAAGAGGUGAUGGAUCAGAAGUAGUGCUCGAUCUUUUCUGUGGAACUGGUACCAUAGGUCUCACACUUGCCAAAAGGGCUAAGCAUGUAUAUGGUUAUGAAGUUGUGCCUCAAGCAAUAUCAGAUGCAUGCCGAAAUGCCCAAUUGAAUGGCAUCGAAAAUGCAACAUUCAUACAAGGGGAUCUAAACAAAAUAGGAGACGAUUUCGGGAGCAAUUUCCCCAGACCCGACAUUGUCAUUUCAGAUCCUAACCGCCCUGGUAUGCACAUGAAGUUGAUCAAGUUUCUGUUAAAGCUGAAAUCUCCACGGAUAGUUUAUGUUUCUUGCAAUCCUGCAACUUGUGCAAGGGACCUCGAUUACCUCUGUCAUGGUGUGGAGGAGAAAAAUAUCAAGGGGUGCUACAAACUCAAGAGCGUGCAGCCGUUGGAUAUGUUCCCUCACACACCUCACAUAGAGUGCAUCUGCUUGUUAGAGCUUCGUUGAACUCAGAAACUCUCUCUUUCGCUUAUUUUCUUCGGCAUUUGGGCUGUGAACAGAAUACAGGUGAAGUCAGAAGUAGAGAAUUUUCUCAUGUUUUCAGUGUCCACCCCUACUGACAAACCGGUUCUGGUUUAAGACCCUGGGUUAUUUCAAACUGGGAAGCCAACCAAAAAAUUAAUUGUGGGUUGGGCUUAGUUUUACUGUUUAUAAUCGUCAGUGAAUUGCACAGGACAGGAUCAUCAGGAAACCAGUCCUUUCAGUGAUUGCUUGAGUGAGCUUUUGGACUUCUUACAACGUGGACGGCAUAAGAGCAAUGACUGAUGACAUUUAUUGAAUCAAAGGUGGGAAGUAGUUCCUGUUCUGUAGCAGAAAUGAGUCACAUUACAUAUUCUGGAUCUCAUCUUGGAAUGGUUCUUAGAAGCUAUUAUUAUUAUAACUGUUGGUGAUUUCUGGUGUGAAACCGCUAAAAACAAUAUAUUUUACUAUUUUUAAAUCAAUAAUUGGACACAACUUUGAAAUAUUUUAAAGAAAAUGUGAGGGAGUUAUGGUCUUCCAUUGGCAUAACUCUCUCUCUCUCCGUACUCAUUUGUGAGUGUUUCUUUUGCAUUAAGUUUUUUCCCUUGCAGUGCUUCUACUGUUGAAACCCUUAUGAAACAUCUUCAGUCAUUCCAGAGUCUUAAGAGACUGUUGGUGCUUGCAUAAUGUAUAUUUUUUUACAUGGCGAUUGUGUAAGUGUAGUAACCUUGUAGAGGGCAGAUGAUGAACAUUACCAAUGCCAAGGCAGAUAGAGAAGAGGAGAAGACGGUAUCACAGUUUUUCGUUAUUGUAACUCUUAACAUUUUCCACAAGUGAGUGAAUCUCAUAUGCAGGUGCAAGUGCAACAUUCUCUGACAAGUGUAUUUUCUUGAAGAAGAGGCUCUCUCGGCAUUGAAUCUUGGCCUGAAACUGGUUUUGACCCUCGGAAGAAGAUGGCGAGAGCGAUGAAAGAUGAGGCCAAUAGGAUAAUUCCACCAUUGUUUCCUUUGGUUCAGGUGAGUGAUACCGUGAAAGGAAUGUGGUCUCUGUCGUGUCCCAUGAAUACAAUCUCUCUGUACCUGUGAUACUGUUGAUCUCAGACCCAAGUACACAAAUCCGAGCUCAAUUUUCGGAUUUUCCUCAUGCUAUAACCCAAUCACAUCUCGUAUAGUGGCCAGGUACCUGAUCUGUAGGUCAAGUUGGUCGGGUAUUGGAAUUCUGGGUUUUUUGCCCAGUCCUAUGAUUAGGUGGUUUUCUUUUUGCGCCUUCUGUUUUUAGUUCUUUGUCCUUUGUCUCGUUUAGGUUUCGGGUAUUCCGUUUUGCUUGACGUACAUAGGUAAAGACUUAGAAUCAUACAUUGCCAAAGACAAGACUUUGUAUUAACGAUGAGAAGAACACGUUUUUGCACCAUU